AUAUCUACUGCUCCCAAAACGAGCAAUUCAAUUCAGUUUCAGUUUUCCAAAUUUUCUGUGAGUCGAAGAUCGAUCAAUCCUAAUUUCGUCGUUUUGAGGUUGAAGGAUCGUGUUUAGAGGUUGGAUUUUUUAAUUUCGUAUUGCAUUGGAGCUUCAGAUAAGCAGCACCUCGAGUUUUACUGUCUUGGUCUUUCUGUAGUUCUUCAGUUUUAUAGGAAGAAAGAAGUUUGUAUCCUCCUCGAUUUAUGAUUGAGAAUCCGGUUUCUUUGGGCCAAUGAAUCAUUGAGAUUCGUCUUCAGAUGUCAGUGGAGAGAUCUUUUGAAGCAUGGGAGGAGGUGCAACGUCACGGGUUGGACCUUGCAGACCGGUUCGCUCAGGGCUUCACGGGCCUCAUACAGUCUCACAUAACUCCUCCUGCGUUCCCGUGGCAGAACACUCACAAAUCGAAGCUCUUCGACUUUGAGUUCCCGGGCUAUGAUUUUGAGAAGAGGGAAUUUGGAGUUGCCAUUGACAGUUCACGAAUCAAUGGGGUAACGGCAAUUCUCGACCUUGGCAAUAGGAUUGGGCAGGCUGGGUUAGACUUUGGUGGGUUCUUGAAUGGAGUGGUGCAUCAGUUCUUUAGGCAGCUUCCGAUGCCGUUCAAGCAAGAGGAGAGAGAGGCAAGAGUGGAUGUGGGUGUCGGAAAGCAGAAGAGUGGAGAGGGUUUGGGUGUAGGAGUAGGUGGGACUAUUCUGGAGGACUUGGGAGCUAUAACGGAGAGGUUGAAAGAGUUUGGGUUCACAGAGAGUGAAGGAUGUUCGGAUGGAAUUAUGGAUGAAGAGGUUGGUGGGUUCAAUUUGAGGUCUGCUGGAUUUCUGGGUCGACCACAGGGGACUAUAAACAUAACAUCGACAUACGACAGCAGAACACAUGAGACUGAAAAUUCUUUGGUUGCAAGGGGUGAUUUAUGGAGAGUAGAGGCUGGAGGUUCGGUAUCAGGAAAUGAAAACUCUUCUCUCUUCCUCAUUCAGCUUGGACCAGUACUUUUUGUUCGUGAUUCAACACUGCUCUUACCUGUUCAUCUUUCGAAGCAACACUUGCUUUGGUAUGGUUAUGAUAGGAAGAAUGGCAUGCAUUCUCUUUGUCCAGCUGUUUGGUCAAAACAUAGAAGGUGGCUGCUGAUGACCAUGCUCUGUCUCAAUCCUUUAGCUUGUUCAUUCGUGGAUUUUCAGUUUCCGAAUGGGCAGUUGACAUAUGUGUCUGGUGAGGGGCUGACCACUAGUGCUUUUCUACCUUUUUGUGGAGGCCUUCUCCAAGCUCAGGGUCAAUGUCCGGGAGAAAUGAGAUUUAGCUUCUCAUGCAAGAACAAGUGGGGAACACGUAUAACACCAAUGGUACAAUGGCCGGACAAGUCCUUUACAUUGGGUCUUGCACAAGCUUUGGCUUGGCGAAGAUCUGGUCUCAUGGUGAGGCCAACCAUUCAACUCAGUUUAUGCCCCACUUUUGGUGGAAGCAAUCCUGGAUUGCAGGCUGAGCUUAUUCAUUCAAUGAAGGAGAAACUAAAUCUUAUAUGUGGCUGUGCAUUUUCAGCAUACCCUUCAGCAUUUGCUUCAAUAUCGUAUGGAAGAUCCAAGUGGAAUGGUAACAUUGGGAGCUCUGGGAUUGUUGUGAGGAUUGAAACCCCACUUACCCAUUUUGGACGACCUACCUACUCCGUGCAGAUAAACAGUGGUAUUGAGUUCUGACGUUCUCCGACCACAAUCUAAUUGUAAAUACUAACUCCUCUCUAGUCUUGACAAAUAGCAGACAAUAUAAUACCUCAUAUAAUUAUCCGAAGGUAAUUUUUCUCAUAAACAAAACCUGGUUGCAUGCAUUUUAGAAUUUUGUUUCGCCAUAUGAUUUUUUGGUGUUGCGAAACAAAGGCAAAUUUUUGUAGUCGGAUUGUCAUCGUCCUAAUUCGAGUUGCAUUACCCAGGAAACAAAUUGGUGAGGUGAAUUUGUUUUGUUUCAGCUAGAACAUCUAAACUCGAUAUAUUUGUUAGAACUGGCUGAGUAUAUGAUCCAGCAAGUUUCAUACUUUAAUGCCAAAAAAUCUAUUGUUCCUA